CACAGAAUACAAGAUUUAAAUACAGCAAAGUAAAAUUGAGUUACAAAUACACCAUAAAUAAAAACAAAUAUAAAAUACGUAAGUAGAUAAAAAACAAAUAUAAAAUACCAAUCAAGAGCUAGGUAAAAGCUAGGGAGAAAAAGUGUGUUUUUAAAGAGGAUUAAAAAACCUCUAUCGACUCAGCUGAACGGAUGUGCUGAGGCAGGCUGUUCCAGAGCCUAGGAGCAGCUGCCCCAAAGGCUCAGUCACCUUUACUCUUUAGGCGAGUCUUCGGGACGACUAAUAGCCGCUGAUUGGCAGAUCUCAGUGCUCUAGCGGGGGCAUGAAUGUGUAAGAGCUCAGACAAAUACCCGGGGGCCAGUCCAUUAAGAGCUUUAAAAACAAACAAUAAAAUCUUAAAAUUUAUUCUAAAAGAGACUGGGAGCCAGUGGAGAGAAGCGAGCACAGGGGUUAUAUGUUCUCUUUUACGUUUCCCAGUAAGGAGGCGGGCAGCUGCAUUUUGCACCAGCUGAAGUCGAUGGAGCAGGUUUUGAUCCAAGCCAACAUACAGGGAGUUGCAGUAAUCUAAUCUGGAAUUGAUAAAAGCAUGUAUAACUGUCUCCAAGUCUCUUCGAGAGAGGUAACCCUUUACCUUAGACAGAGUUCUCAGUUGAUAAAAGCUAUUUUUUACCACAGAGUUGACUUGCUUGUCGAGUUUAAAAUUACUGUCAAAGGUCACGCCAAGGUUCUUUACCAAUGCAAGGACAUUCUGUAUGAGAGGGCCUAGAUAAUUGGCUGGGAAGUCAGAUGGGUUACAGCCAAAUAAUAUAGCCUCCGUUUUGGUUUCAUUCAGAUGUAGGAAGUUUUCCGCCAACCAAGAUUUAACUUCUAAAAAACAGUCUAGCAGCGUCUGUACAGAGUCAUUAUUUGAGGGGUUUAAGGGCAGGUAGAUCUGUACGUCGUCGGCAUAGCAGUGGAAAGACAGUUUGUAUUUCCAGAAGAUUGAGCCCAGCGGCAACAUGUACAAUAAAAAUAAAAUCAGUCCUAAAAUUGAACCUUGGGGUACUCCAGAGGUAAGUGGGGCUGCAGUUGAAGCGAAUUCCCCUAGAGAGGGGAUGCUGUCAGAGGGGACAGUUUGUGGGCUGCAGUUGUGAAACUACAUCAGACAGUGAGGAGAGGGAUAUGGGCUCAAACUGAUCAAAGACAGAGGUUAAAAAAGGGGCCGUGGGAUCUGGACCAGAGGCUGGACCAUGAGCAGCGGGAGUGUAGGUAGGUGGCCUGAGAGCAGAAAUUUUAUCAAUAAAAUGUUUCAAAAAUUUUUCACAAACAGUCAGCGAUGAGUCAAUAGGGGUGUUAUCACAUGGAUUGACAAGGGAGUUGAAAAUAUUAAAAAGAACUUUGGGCUUGCAACAAUUUGUGGAGACAAGAUUCGAGAAAUAUCCCAUUUUAGCUGUCCAAACAGCACUCUGAUAGGCACACAGACUAUCAUGGAGGGCUUGUUUAGAGACAUGAAGCUUGUCUUUCUUCCACUUUCUCUCGGCGCACCGGCUUGCACGUCUGAGAGUGCGCGUGGAGUCAUUUAGCCACGGUUCAGAAAGUGUCUUGGUGCGUUUUAGUCUGAAAGGGUCAACAUUGUCCAAAAUAGUCGUGCAGGUAGCAUUAAAAAGGGUUAAAAGCUCAUCAGCGCAGGGAGUGACACUGUCAUUCAGCAUGUUAAACAUCAGCCCAGAUGUUUCAGAAUGAUAUAAGGCUGAGAACUGCGAUGCAGUCUGGCGGCUGAUUGUGCGCAGAUGGCGCGGGGCAGUACAGGUAUUAACAUGUGGGCAGGGGAUGGAUACAGUGAAUAGCACAGGCAGAUGGUCAGAGAUACAGGCUGUCUCACAUAUUUCGUUGCUACACACAGAUAUGCUACGCGAUAACACCAGAUCUAGAGUAUGACCUUUCUCGUGAGUCGGGCCUUUGACAGACUGAACGAGGUUAAAAGCUACAAGGAGAUUUAAAAAAUCAUUGGAUAGAGGUCUUGAUUCACAACAAACAUGGAUAUUGAAAUCACCACAAAUUAAAAGAUUGUCAUAUUUUACAGUAACUCCUGACAGAAAUUCUGCAAAGUCACUAAUAAACUCCUUGUUGAAUUUGGGAGGGCGAUAAAUGACCACAAACAAAACGGGGGAGGAUAGGUGUAACUCAAACAACUGCAGUUCAAAGCUGGAGAAUGUAUCUGAAGGAGGCUGACGACACUUAAAACUGGAUUUAAACAUGGAGGCAAGACCUCCACCUCUACCAGAGCUCCGAGGGGAGCUAAAGAACAGACAGUCAGGGGGAAGAAGCUCAGAGAAUGGAGUGCCAUCACCAUCCUUGAGCCAAGUCUCUGUCAAGAGCAUAAAAUCCAGGUUCCGUGUGGUGAAAAAGUAAUUCAAUAUAAAUGUUUUGUUUGCCAGUGACCUAAUAUUCAAUAAGGCAAUAUCUAAAGUGGACUCUACGUCAGCUGAUGGUGCUGCAUGUUUGAGAGGCCGUAACAAAUUAUGUGAAAGGCCACCUCUAUGGUUGCUCAGUUUGGGGCGACUAGUGCUUUUAGUUUCUUUGCAGCCUAAAGUGGGUAAUUAAGGAAAAGACCGAUAGAGGGAGCUAGAGGGAGGAAUUGAUGGCGCUUGAUUGUUGUCAGUGUACAGCAGAGCAUGGGGAGGUCCGCAGGUGAUGGCAAUGACGAUGACGAGGAAGGAGCUAGUCACACACCGGGAGACAGGUGGUUAAACGCCACAGCUUGUUGUAUGUUAGCCGCCAGCCAGCGGCUACCGGACCUGUUUAAGUGGAGGCCGUCGCGAGCAAAUACAGAGGAGUGGGACCAGAAGGAGUUGAAGUUAUGGAUGAAGUUUAUUUUGUGAGUGCUGCAUAUGGAUUCCAGCCAGGCGUGAAGGUAGCGGAGGCGGCUGAAACGCUCAUCCCCAUGUGCCAGAGUGGGAGUUGGGCCGGAGAUAAAGAUGGACUUUCUACUGCUAAUGAGGAGAUCAAAAAGGACAAUAAAAUUAGCCUUGGUGAACUCAGACUGUCGCCGGGUUACGUCACAUGUGCCAACAUGAACGAUAAUUUUAGUGAUGGAUGGUGGAAGGGAAGUGAUGAUGCUGGGAAGUUGGUCGAGGAUAUGGACAGUUGUGGCACCAGGAAUACAGUGGGUGAUUGCAUUGAAAAAACGGACAUUCCUUACCAGCGAGUCCCCGAUGAUAAGCACCGUUGGAGAAAAAAGAGGAGUUGGGGCAGGCGGCUGAACCAGGUGUUUGGAAACAAGCGCAGUGGAGGCUAAAGCUGGAGGGGGAGCAUAAGAUGGAGUAGAGGAGUGAUUUUGUGACUUUUUGUCCUCAAGAGACUGACUCAGUUCCAACAGGAGCUUAGACUGGGAGAUAUGUUUUUGUGAUGGCGGCAGGGAUGGAGACGGGUGGACUGAGCAGGAGACAGGCGCUCUUUUUGGUGCUGGUGUGAACUGUGGCAAUGAGCGGCGGGUCGGGCGCUGGGGUUUGGCUGGAGGAGAGACAGGGUGAAUUAUUAUGACAGUGGGCUGGGAGCUCCUCAGCCAGGAAUGAUGGAAAGUCACGAAGGACGUCAUAUUUAUUCUGCAGCUUGAUGACACGGCUCGGUGGUACACGGGAGGAACGCCUCCCUCCCCGUGUACCAUCUCCGAUCCGGAUCCAAGGAGCUUGAUAAGACGGGGUAGAGCUGGCCGGGAUCAACUUAGGUCUAGCCCCGAGGCGGAUCCAGGAGUUAUUGGGCUCCUCAGCCGGCAGAGAGUCCACGACAACCGCAGGGCCAACAGCGGGGGGCAGCAGGCUCGGUGACCGGAGGAGGAACAGAAUCAGCGGUGGGGUCGGUGUGGACUGAACCAAGAAUGAAGGUGUCCAAAAACUGCUCGGCCUCUUGGAUCAUGUACAGAUUGGAUAUUCGAUCCUCUAGUUCGGCGAUCCUCGCAGUGAGACGGGAACAGCGGACACAGUCCAGCGGGGAGGUGAGUGGAGCCAUGAAUUACUGAAGUGUGUAUCUGUGAAACGGAAACAAAAGUGCAGAAAGAAGGCGAGCAGUUGUAGCCAUAGGUAGCUGCUAGCAGGGGGGCACAGCACUUACACGCAGGGGCUCCUCUUGUAGUUGUAAAUAGUUAGUAUUAUAGUAUAUAGUUAGUAUUAUACUUAUUUUAUUAUAGUUAUUAUACUGUUUAUAGUUAUACUAAUAUUAUACUAAUUAUACUAUUAUACUUGUACUUAGUAUUAUACUUAUGGUACUUAUGGCUAUACUUAGGGUUAGUUUUAUACUUAACUAACUAUAGUAAGGAAGUGGUCUGUUGCAUGUGAAAGAUGGAUGUGGAGCUAUUUUUGCACAAAAGAAGCAUGUUUACACUAAUCAUAGGUAUGUGGGUCAUUACACAACUGCUUUGAAAUAAAUACUAUGCCAUUCCUGCCUCUAUUCCUUUAUGUACCGUGCAAAUAUGUUUAGAUUAGUCACGGAACAAGAACAAUCUUUUAAUUUUAUAACUUUAACAAAACCAUGAAGCAACAAACUGAAACAUUACAAAGAAUAAGUGAUCAAGAUAAUACAACAAUUUGUGAACUUAAAACUUGGUCUAUAAAAUAAAUAUCAAAAUCAAAUGAACACAUUAUUUAGAAUUAAACAGUCAUUCAAUCAUCUCCAUCCCCCUUUCUUCUCUUGCUCUAUUCUCUCUCUCUCCUUUCUUCCACUGCUCUUCUAUCCAUCCACUCUCUCCACUCCCACUCUCUUCUGUCUGUGUUCCUUCUUUCUUCUUCUCUCCACUCUUGCUCUCUUCUUACCCAUCUUUCUUCCAUCUCUCUCUUUUCCUGCCUCUCCCUCUCCUCUGCCCGACGUUCCCGCUCCUCUGCCUGCUGCAACCUUUCAUCCUCCCUCUCCUCAAACUUUUUCAAUCACUCCUCAGACCACUCUCUGCUCCUUGAGUCACUUGUUCUCCUCCCUCUCACAGGAGGAGACUCAGAAGUUGGAUUUGGAGGAGAGGCCUCUGCUGCUGGUGUCAUGGAUGAGGUGAUAAGGUUGGGCGGUGAUAUGGUGGGACGGUCCCUCAUUACCUCAUCCAUGAUAUUAAACCAUUUCCAGUUUGCAGCAGUGGCCUCUCCUCCCUCUGUGCUGACCCUGUUGGUGGUGCCUUGAGAACCUGGCAAAUGACACACACACACAAAAAAUCUGAUAACAGAGGUCCCUCUCACACUGACUGUUUGAACUCUGACAUAGUCAGAUUAUAUAGUAAAACUUAAAAACAUAAGCAUUCACUGUAUUGGUGCGAAACAUAAUUACUGAAGUGUUUGUCACACCUCCACCUACCUUGUAUUUCUGCUUCAGGUUUUCCCUUUUUUUGGUGGGGAAAACUUGGAUCCACCUGGCCCUCCAGCCAAUGCUCCUUGAUGAAAGCCCUAAACAAGGAUGACAAACAAGGGGCAAUAAAAAGGGCAUACGAACGUGGCAAGUGCCUACAAGCCACUGUCAGAACAGUGUUCACAUUUACGAUUUACGUACAGAGUUUCCAUAAUGUGUCCUCAAGUUCUCCAGAUUCAUAUUAUUUUUGCAUUAGGCAGUAGCUUUUUCCCCAUCUUGUAAUCAACCCAUAGCAAAACUCGUAUUAUGUUCUUUCGAGUGGUGGGGGGCGUUUGCGGCUCUUAGAAUGCUGCUCUGAUAACAAAAAAGCUAGAAGCCGACAUGGCCAACGUUUGUGCUCCGGUCGGCUCCAGCUGAAGCGUGUGUUUACAAUAAAUAAAUCCACGGCACAACGGUGCAUGAACAAAAAUUUCUUACUGAAAACCCUUUAGGGCAGCGUUCCUUCUGCCCAUGAAGAGGGCCUCGUUCCUUCCCCGCCACCGGAUCAGCCGCUCUGUGUCCUCAUCUGGCCCUGAAGGAAAACACAGCAGUAUUUAUAAUGCAACAUCACGGGUCAACAUUACCGUUUAGUUGCGGCUACGGCAUAAGCUAACGUGCUAACCAAUUGGCAGGCUGACUGGCCAUUGAGCAGUGCAUAAACUCAAAUGUCCAUACAACUGUUAACUGCGCGAUUACGUGCCACAAUAUAAAGUUAAAUAACUUACAUUUAUGAGCGCUUUGUUGCUGGUGCUGGAAGCAGCUGCCGGCUGUCUCCAUUUUGUAUUUCGUUUUCUCGCAGCAAUAGUCUGCAAUGCAUUGUGGGGCAGAAGAAGUACGUGACGUAAGCACCGCUCCAUACUCAGAAAUCGAAGCAGAUUGAGUAUACAUCUGGGCAUUUCUCGCAUACACGAAAUUCGCAUACUGUACAGUGUGAACGCACUGCCUACUCAAUUCGGGGGCGGGGUUAGUAUGAGUAGUAAGAGUAGUAUGCCAUUUCGGACACAGCCACAGCCACAGGCUGUGUCUCAUUUCAGAGACCGCAUCGGGAUAAGCGCGUUUAGCUAAGCACACUGCCGUUUUGUGCUGUUAUGUGCCGUUAUGCACCGUUAUGUACCCCUCCUAUGUCCCAUUUCAGAGGCUGCAACCGUCGAACGGCGCAUUUGAAGCGUGCGUGAGGUCAUCACGUGGCACGGACGGUGUCCCGUUUGGCACAAAAUGCUAAGCGCACUUCAAAUUCAGUCUCAAAACCACACUGCCCCUGCCCCUUUUUCAAGCGUGCAUUUAUGCACGCUUUCAUGCCGUCUGUAUCCCAGAAUGCUUUGCGUGCCACUGCACAGCUGCGCAUUUCAGGUGAGAGGCUGGACUCGCUUGGAGACACAGUGCGUCUUUGAAAAAAUGCAAGAAAUCCAAAAGACAGCAGACAGUCAGCUCAGGCUGUAUGAGCGCAUGAUCUCUGAACUCACUAAAAUCUGCAAACCAAACAUUAUAGAUUUAGAGACAACUGAUCCGCUCAGCUUCAACUAUCAAAAACAUUAGAAAUAAGAAAGCUGACAAAACUACAGCAAAGGAUCAGGACAUCAUUGAGUUUUUUUUUCUUUUAAGAUUUAGAUAUUAACGUUGUAAAUUUAGGAGAAUAAAGUAAAUAAAGUAUAUAAAGUCAUAAAGCUGCUUUUGUGGAGGGGGAAAUGACUGAAGCUGGUCAUCUGCAGGGUUAUCUGUGGAUGUAUCAGCGGGUCAUUCAGAGAGAUUUUCUGAAGAAAAAAUCAAACUGAUGAUGAUCAACAUUUGUGAUCCAGAGGGAGUUGAGCUCCGACGAGCACCACGUCUCUGACACCGGCGGUAACCUACACCUGCAGAGACACCAACACCUUAUUAUGGCAUAUGGAUUCAUAUCAUAAACUAAAGCUCAAUGUCAUUCACAGAUAUUUACGGCUGCAUAAACGGAUAUAUCCUCAGCAUAUUCAUUUCUGCCUCCACAAAAGCAGCAAUUUCCUUUAAGUACACCAGUUUUUUCCCCGUGGAAAAGACAUAUUUCUCAUAUAUUCUUUUUUGUGUCUUUAUACUUAUGACAAUGUGAUGCUGAUGUGCCAGAGGAUGAAGUAUCUCCUUGUUUGUGAAACCUAUACUGAAGCACAGUUCCUUCAAAUGCUUCAUGGCCCUAAUUUUAACAAGUCUCCUCUGAAAUAACAGGUUACGACUUCAUUCUCAUAAAUUAAUGACUUAAUUCGCGUAAAUUCACGACUUAAGUCUUGAAAAUUCUCAAUGUUGCCCUCAUACUCCUUCAUACAAAACAAUCAUUGGAUGAAUUGUGCUUGUAUGUAUCUACUAUUUUGUGCUUUUUGGAUACUGCGCUCCGCGGGUUUUCUUUAAGUCAGUCGUGACGCGAGCCUCAGGGCGGGGACAUUUGGCGACUCCACCAGGAAGUCUUCGAAGGUCUCCAAAUGUCCCCGCCCUCAGGCUUAUGUCGCGACUGACUAGAAAAAAAGCUACGGAGCGCAGCAUUUAUUGUUUUAAUUGUUCGACCUUGCACAGACACAAAAUGGUAGAUACAUACAAGCACAGUUCAUUCCCACAAAAUUAAUCCAAUGAUUGUUUUGUAUGAAGGAGUAUGAGGGCCAUAUUGAGAAUUUUUUUAGAGACUUCGAGAUUUAAGUCGUGAAUUUACGAGAAUAAAGUCAUUAAUUUAUGAGAAUGAAGACAUAACCUGUUAUUUCAGAGGAGACUUGUUAAAAUUAGGGCCAUGAAGCAUUUGAAGGAACUGUGCUUCAGUAUAGUUUUCACAAACAAGGAGAUACUUCAUCCUCUGGCACAUCAGCAUCACAUUGUCAUAAGCAUAAAGACUUAAAAAAAGAAUAUAUGAGAAACACGUCUUUUCCACGGGGAAAAAAAAACUGGUGUACUUGAAGGAAAUUGCUGCUUUUGUGGAGGCAGAAAUGGAUAUGCUGCGGAUAUAUCUGUCUAUGCAGGCGUGUAUAUCCGUGAAUGACAUUGAGCUUUAGUUUUUGAUAUGAAUCCAUGUGCCAUAAUAAGGUGUUGGUGUCUCUGCAGGUGUAGGCUACUGCCGGUGUCAGAGACGUGGUGCUUGUCGGAGCUCGACUCCCUCUGGAUCACAAAUGUUGAUCAACAUCAGUUUGAUUGUUUCUUCAGAAACCACAAAAUCUCUCUGAAUGACCCGCUGAUACAUCCACAGAUAACCCUGCAGAUGACCAGCUUCAGUCGUUUCCCCCUCCACAAAAACAGUUUUAUGACUUUAUAAACUUUAUGAGUUUAUUCUCCAGAAUUUACAACUUUAAUCUCUAAAUCUUAAAAGAAAAAAAAACUCAAUGAUGUCCUGAUCCUUUGCUGUAGUUUUGUCAGCUUUCUUAUUUCUAAUGUUUUUGAUAGUUGAAGCUGAGCGGAUCAGUUGUCUCUAAAUCUAUAAUGUUUGGUUUGCAGAUUUUAGUGAGUUCAGAGAUCAUGCGCUCAUACAGCCUGAGCUGACUGUCUGCUGUCUUUUGGAUUUCUUGCAUUUUUUUAAAGACGCGCUGUGUCUCCAAGCGAGUCCAGCCUCUCACCUGAAAUGCGCAGCUGUGCAGCGGCACGCAAAGCAUUCUGGGAUACAGACGGCAUGAAAGCGUGCAUAAAUGCACGCUUGAAAAAGUGCCAAGCACUUAGCAUUUCUUAGCAUCUCGUGCCAAAUGGGACACUGUUCGCGCCGUCAUGACGUCAUGCACGCUUCAAAUGCACCGUAGUAUGCUCCGAAAUGGCAAACUACUCCUACUACUCAUACUAACCUCGCCUCUGAAUUGAGUAGGCAGUGCAUUCACACUGUACAGUAUGCGAAUUCUGUGUAUGCGAGAAAUGCCCGGAUGUAUACUCAAUCGGCUUCGAAUUUUGAGUGUGGAACGGUGCUUGCUUCACGUACUGCUUCUGCCCCACAAUGCAUUGCGCACCUCAGCUGGUAAUAUGGCCCUCUUUCCCGAGGCUGAAAAGAAAUAGAUGGCAUGUGUUUGCAAUAAUAAUUAUAUAUAUAUAAAUAGAUAAACAAUAUUUAGUCAGUAUACAUUACACAAUUUUUAUCAUUUUAUCAUAUUUGAUCUUUUUACCAGAUUUAUUUGUAUUUUAAAUUAGGAUUAUAGGUAAUGUUUUUAACUAUUCGUAUGAAUUGACUUUAUUUAUUUAAGUGUCUAUUAAAGAUGUAUUUAUUACAUCAAGUUUGAGAGUCUUCUCAUCUCUGAAUGCAUCAUCAAAGUGGUCACUCAUAUUAAGCUCAGACUUCUGAUUAAUAAAAAUUAUUAUUGGUAGAGAGCACAUGGUUCAGAAUAUAUACAAACGGGGGGAGUUUCCAGUUGACAAUGUAUGUGGGCUUUACUAAUUCUUACUUGUGGUUGAAAAUCUGAUGGUUUCUGAAAUUAUCAUUGUGCAUGAAAAGAAUGUAGUCGGGAAAUGAUGUAUUUGCCAAGGAAUAAACGAACGAGGUCAUAAUAAUUAUGUUGUGUGUUGGUCAUUUUGCAGCCCUCUGCUGCUCAUCACAUACCUAGCUUGUGGUGUAUAGCAUUAUCACCAUGGAUACACAGAUGUUUGUGUGAUUUUUUUUCAUCCACUGCCGCCCGGUUUGUGUCGUGUAGAUGGUGAUUAUGAAAACACUUCGCAAUAAUUUGAAAACGUGAAGGGGGAGCUGCUGCUGCCCAGUGUUUAUGGUAAAUAGACACAAUCACCCACCAAGCAGACGCUUCGGUCUUCGAAAACGCUGAGACAUAUUUACAAACAGCCACUAUUUCAAACAACUGGGCUCAUAAUCAUGAUGUAAACACUUACUUUCUUGCUAGAAAAAAUAUUAUUAUUGAAUGAAUUUAUAUAAUUUGUCCGGAAUGCAGUCGUUCUAUGUAGCUUGUGGUACAGCGCUGCGUCUGGCCGGCACGAAAUGCAUUCUGGGGUAUUUAGUAUGAAUCUGUAUGCAAACGCUCUGGCAGCCGCGGCAUACUCAAAUCAUCUUUGAGUAGUCAGUAUGCAGUAGGUACUGCUUGAGUAGGUAAGUAGAUAGUAGGCAGUAUGCCAUUUCGGACACAGCCACAGCCUCAGACUUCAAAUUUGUACACCCAAGACGGCCGCCCAUGGCACAUUCAAGAUGGCUGCCCCUUGGAACACCCAAAAUGGUCGCCCCUGUACACCAAAGAUGGCCCACCUUCGGGUGUCGGCUGAUUAGGAACACCUGAAAAGCAGUGUGAGUUGUGGCAGAGAACAAAGGAGCAAACAACUUCAAGCAGAAGCAGCUCCACAAAGAAUCAAGUUCUACUCAACUAUACAAGUUCCAUGACGCUAAUGGUCGGUAGACUCUUCACUUACCUUGUGUGUUUGAAAUGUGUUUGAGAUGCUGCUUGUUAAGUGCUACUGUUAAAAUGUAUUUGGGGAAAGAGUAUUGCAUUGCAGCAACAUUUGCUUUAAGUUUUUUACUUAUUUGUUUUGGAGAAGUAUUUGAAAAGGCCCUAAUUUAUCUCACUUAUUUGCUUAAAAAGAAAGUAAGUUAAAAGUUUAAAAUUUACUUACCUUGGAAUUUACUUACCUUUUACAAUUUGAUAGUUUAGUUUAAUCUAAACUCAACUCAACUCUCAACUCAAACUUUAUUUAUAGAGCACUUUAAAAACAACUGAAGCUGACCAAAGUGCUGUACAGGUCAAUAAGACACAGUGAAAUACAUAAAACAGACAGUAAACAAUAUGAUCAAAAACACAGAAUACAAGAUUAAAAUACAGCAAAGUAAAAUUGAGGUACAAAUACACCAUAAAUAAAAACAAAUAUAAAAUACGUAGGUAGAUAAAAAACAAAUAUAAAAUAUAAAAAAUACCAAUCAAGAGCUAGGUAAAAGCCAGGGAGAAAAAGUGUGUUUUUAAAGAGGAUUUAAAAACCUCUAUCGACUCGGCUGAACGGAUGUAGUGAGGCAGGCUGUUCCAGAGCCUUGGAGCAGCUGCCCCAAAGGUUCGGUCACCUCUACUCUUUAGGCGAGUCUUCAGGACGACCGAUAGCCGCUGAUUGGCAGAUCUCAGUGCUCUAGUGGAGGCAUGAAUGUGUAAGAGCUUGGACAAAUACCCGGGGGCCAGUCCAUUAAGAGCUUUAAAAACAAACAAUAAAAUCUUAAAAUUUAUUCUAAAAGAGACUGGGAGCCAGUGGAGAGAAGCAAGCACAGGGGUUAUAUGUUCUCUUUUACAUUUCCCAGUAAGGAGGCGGGCAGCUGCAUUUUGCACCAGCUGAAGUCGAUGGAGCAGAUUUUGAUCCAAGCCAACAUACAGGAAAUUGCAGUAAUCUAAUCUUGAAUUGAUAAAAGCAUGUAUAACUGUCUCUAAGUCUCUUCGAGAGAGGUAACCCUUUACCUUAGACAGAGUUCUCAGUUGAUAAAAGCUAUUUUUGACCACAGAGUUGACUUGCUUGUCGAGUUUAAAAUUACUGUCAAAGGUCACGCCGAGAUUCUUUACCGAUGCACGGACAUUCAGUGUGAGAGGGCCCAGAUAAUUGGCUGGGAGGUCAGAUGGGUUACAGCCAAAUAAUAUAGCCUCCGUUUUGGUUUCAUUCAAAUGUAGGAAGUUUUCUGCUAACCGUUAACUUCUAAAAAACAGUCCAGCAGCGUCUGUACAGAGUCAUUAUUUGAGGGGUUUAAGGGCAGGUAGAUCUGUACGUCGUCGGCAUAGCAGUGGAAAGAAAGUUUGUAUUUCCAGAAGAUUGAGCCCAGCGGCAACAUGUACAAUAAAAAUAAAAUCGGUCGUAAAAUUGAACCUUGGGGUACUCCAGAGGUGAGUGGGGCUGCAGUUGAAGCGAAUUCCCCUAGCUGCACAGAAAAACUGCGUUCACUUAAAUAGGACCGGAACCACAGAAGAGCAGGGCCUGUUCUGCCUACCCACUGCUCUAGCCAAUCUAAAAGGAUAUUAUGAUCUACAGUGUUGAACGCAGCUGUUAAAUCAAGGAGCACUAGGAGGGCAGGGUUACCUGAGUCAACAGUUAAAAUCAGAUCAUUAAAAACUCUCAGAAGUGCAGAGUCAGUGCUAUGGCGUGGUUUGAAACCGGACUGAAAGGGUUCAUAGAUGUCAUUUGUCAUAAGGAAUGAUUGUAACUAAGGCUGCACGAUAUUGGAAAAAACUAACAUUGCGAUUUUUUUCAACCCAGCGAUAUAUAUUACGAUAUUAAAAAUAUAGGAAUUUUCACCAGAUGACCUGAAUAGCACUUAAUGUUAUGCUGCACUGCUGAAAUCUUGAGGACAGUUAACCUGCUCUGAUCUUACCUCUUUUUGUGAAUGUUAGUAGAAUGGCUCCUGUCUGUCUCAGAGAUAUUUUUAGCUUUUAUUGUUCUGGGACGUUAUUGUGGCAACAGAUGAACACAGAAGACGUGUUUUGGUUGACAUCAUCCUUCUUUUAACCGAAAUAAUUCCAGAUAACUGACUUUCCUUUUCUUUUUGGCAACAAAUCUUCAUUUUCGGUGGUUUUCUCCUGUUCGUUACUCAUUUUGCUAUUGUUGUUGUUAGCGGUGUUGUGCUGAGAAACGCAUGUCCUCCGAGAAUUGCAUGCACCUCGCAAAACGCGCACCACUUAUAGUAGAGUGGUCCACGGAAAUAUACAUUUUAAAACCCAUACAGUUCUUAUUUGUUGGGCUUAACAGUCAUGAGUAAAGUUCCGAAAGUAAUUCUCAGCGGACACGCGUUUCUCGGCUCAACACCAGCAGCCAGCGAGUAACUCCAUGCGCAGAACAUGUGCAGGGGUGGGUUUCCUCCUCUGAUUUUGAUUGACAGCUGGCAGUGUAGUCUGAUUGGCAACUGAGAACAGAGUCUGAUUGGCAACUGAGUAAAGGACAAAGGUGAUUGCUGGAUCUGCACAGCACAUGCAGAGUCACAUGCAGUGUAUCUCAGUCAGCUACCCUUGAAAUUAACUGAGUUCAUUCACUUCUGACAUCGCAGGCUCUGCGAUGUGACUAUCGCACACACGUACAUCGGGAUGACGAUGCUCAAACGGUAUAUCAUGAAGGCCUAAUUGUAACUGAUUAAAAAACACCUUUUCUAGGAUAUUUAAUAAAAACAGCAGUUUAGAGAUUGGCCUGAAGUUAGACAAAUCAGAAGGGUCUAGGUUUUUCUUUUUAAUAAGAGGCUGUACAACUGCACGAUUAAAAGCAGCAGGGACAGACCCUGUGUUGAGGGAGGUUUUAAUCAGUAAAAGAAUUGUAGAACCUACACUGCUGAAUACUUCUUUAAAAAGACAAGAGGGGAUGCUGUCAGAGGGACAGUUUGUGGGCCCAAGUUGUGAAACUACAUCACAGUGAGGAGAGGGAUAUGGGCUCAAACUGAUCAAAGACAGCGGUUAAAAGAGGGGCCGUGGGAUCCAGACCAGAGGCUGGACCAUGACCAGCAGGAGCGGAGGAAGGUGGCCUGAGAGCAGAAAUUUUAUCAGUAAAAUAUUUCAAAAAAUUUUCACAGACAGUCAGCAACGAGUCAACAGGGGAGUUAUCAGAUGGAUUGACAAGGGACGUGAAAAUAUUAAAAAGAACUUAGGCACACAGACUAUCAUGGAGAGCUUGUUUAGAGACAUGAAGCCUGUCUUUCUUCCACUUUCUCUCGGUGCACCGGCUUGCACAUCUGAGAGUGCGCGUGGAGUCAUUUAGCCACGGUUCAGAAAGUGCUUUAGUGCGUUUUAGUCUAAAAGGAGCAACAUUGUCCAAGAUGGUCGUGCAGGUACAAUUAAAAAGUGUUGAAAGCUCAUCAGCGCAGGGGGUGACAUUGUCAUUCAGCAUGUUAAACAUCAGCCCAGAUGUUUAAGAAAGAUAUAAGGCUGAGAACUGCGAUGCAGUCUGGCGGCUGAUUGUGCACAGACGGUGCGGGGCAGUACGGGUGUUCACAUGUGGGCAUGGGAUGGAUGCAGUGAAUAGCACAGGCAGAUGGUCAGAGAUACAGGCUGUCUCACAUAUUUCAUUGUUACACACAGAUAUGCCACGGGAUAGCACCAGAUCUAGAGUAUGACCUUUCUCAUGAGUCGGGCCCUUGACAGACUGAACGAGGUUAAAAGCUACAAGGAGAUUUAAAAAAUCUGUGACUAGAGGUCUUGAUUCACAACAAACAUGGAUAUAAAAAUCACCACAAAUUAAAAGAUUGUCAUAUUUUACAGUAACUCCUGACAGAAAUUCUGCAAAGUCACUAAUAAACUCCUUGUUGAAUUUGGGAGGGCGAUAAAUGACCACAAACAAAACGGGGGAGGAUAGGUGUAACUCAAACAUCUGCAGUUCAAAGCUGGAGAAUGUAUCUGAAGGAGGCUGACAACACUUAAAACUGGAUUUUAACACGGUAGCAAGACCUCCACCUCUACCAGAGCUCCGAGGGGAGUUAAAGAACAGACAGUCGGUGGUGGAGGUGGCCGCAACAUCCAAUUUACAAAGACUGUGUUCUUUAUGAAAGGUUACAUUGCUUUUAGUUUCGUUGCAGCCUAAAGUGGGUAAUUGCGGAAAAAAACGAUAGGGGGAGCUAGAGGGAGGAGUUGAUGGCGCUUGAUUGUUGUCAGUGGACAGCUGGGGCAUGGGGAGGUCCGCAGGUGAUGACAAUGACGAUGACGAUGACAAUGAAGGAGCUAGUCACACAAUGGGAGACAGGUGGUGAGACGCCAUAGCUUGUUGUAUGUUAGCCGCCAGCAAGCGGCUACUGGGCCUGUUUAAGUGACAAUUUAAAAUGCUUAGACAUAUCGUUUAAAGUUUAAACUCAAUGUACAAAAGUUACGAGAAAAAUUGAAUGUUCAACUUGAUAAGCUGCCUUUAAAACACUUAGUUUAAAUAUAUUAAUUGUUUAAAACAUUGAUUAAUUAACUAAAAAUGUUUAAAUGUGUUUAAAUUAAUGCCAACAUUUAAAAUUUUAAUUAUUGAAUUAUUAAAGUGACUUAUUCUUGGGUUUAUUUAAACUGUUAAUAACUAAUUGGUGGUUUAAAUAUUUUUUUAGCAUGUUAAUGUUAAUGCUAAUUGUUGUUUCUGUCUUGAAGGGUUACAACCUGAUGAAAAGAACAACCAAUCAACAACAAAGAACCAAAUGAAAAGUGGGAAAAUGAAGAAGUUGAUUGAGUUGAAAAUCGAGUUGUCAUGGGUCAUUUGGAACUGAAAACUGUGGGGACUUGACAGUUGUAAACCACAGCAAGCAGCUUGGAGAUCAAGAGCUGUGGACCAAAAAAGGAACCUCAAAAGGAAAAAAGAAGAAAAAAAUGGCUGAAGAAGUCUUGGGGAAGACGGUCAAGGAACUCAAGAAAGAGAGGACCACUGCAAAGAGCAGCUUCACAAGACAGGCCAACUUCAUCUUAAGAGGAGGGAACAAUAUGUUGCAAGAUGAACUGAAGGAGUUCACAAAAUUAAACUACUGAUUCAGAAAGUUGCAGGACGCAAAUUGUGAUUACAGAAUUGAACUGGAGGCUGACUUAAAGGAUGCAGAACUAGAAGCAAGUCUCAAUGAGGCUGACCUUGAAAAUUCAAUCAAAGAAUCUGAAACAAAGCAGGAGGAAUUGAGAGACUUUGUUGAAAAUAUUCUGUGGUCAAAGUAUGAACUGAGAAGUGAACUCGAAACAGCAAUCCUUGAAGCAGAAAAAACAAUUGACCAAGCGAACAAUUUUCCUGUGGCAAGUGCCAAUUUCAAGGGCUACGAAGUGCUCCUCACUCUAAUGGAAAAGAGGGUGAAUAAAGUCAUCUCAGCUAUGCCCAUAUGGGAAAAAUGGACACCAGAGGACUUAAAGGAUCAAAUGAAUGGGGGGAUCAAGGACAUCAACACAUCCUACUGUAGGCUGGAAAGCAGGAAGUUUGAAUUUUCAAAGGCACGGCAUGCUGAACAAGGCACAGGAGUGGCUUCUCCCCAGCAACCUGUAACUCCACCAAUUAUUAAAAUAAAGCCAACCUCUCUACCCAUCUUCAACGGCAGCAAAAGAGACUAUCAUAGAUGGAAGAAAGACUGGGAGAGCCUGCAAAGGCAAGGAGAGCCAUCUGGAUCGCCUGAAGUGAGGAAAAUCCAACUCCUGGAGAGUGUCGAUGACAAAAUCUUUAAAGAUCUGAGACUUUCAACCUAUACCACAGCGAAUGAAAUGUUCGGAGUGUUGGAUAACCGGUUUGGCAACAACCCAACUAUCACACUGGAGAAGAUGCCACCUGUGAAAGGGAACCAACCAAGAAAGGUCAUCGACCUCAUUCAGUCUGUGGAGAAGGCCCUGACAGACCUGACCGAGUUGGGAAAUUCUGGAGCCAUAAAAAACCCACUAGUGAUCAAAUCAAUCGAGAGCAAGUUGCCGGAGUUCAUAAAAAGAGACUGGGUGAUGUUCAUGGUGGAGCCAAAGAACAAUGUCAAGUCAGAUAACCACUUUGACAUGCUCCUUACCUUUCUCAAGAACCAAGAAGACGUUCUUGAGAGACUUGAACAGCUCAAAGUUGUUGACAAGAUGGAGAAGCCUGACCGUUCUGACAAAUAUGGGAAAAAGAUUGGCUUAACAAGAACCACUAAGGAAGAGCUUGAAGGAUGUGGUGUCUGCGGAGAUAGUGGGCACAAGAACAAGAUUUUCUUCUGUCAGAAGUUCAAAAGACUGUCAUUGCCUGAAAAGAGAACUGCAUUGGAACAGACUGGAGCUGCAUUGGAAAAGACUGGAGCAUGCAGUAAAUGCCUUGUGUGCCAUGAUGAUGCUGGAGCCUGCAAAGAAACCUUCCUAUGCAGGAACGCUGACUGUAAGAGAAGAAGCAGUACUCCAGAUCACCAUUAUCUUCUCUGCCCGAAAGGAGGAAUCGGAAGAAGUGAGGAGAGAAAAAGUGGAAAGGACAUCAAAGGCUGAAGUAAACUGACAGAGGAACAAGAACAGUUCUUGUUUGAACUUUCCCCUGAAAUGUCAGAGCGAUGCAGGAAGGCUUUUACCAACAAAACAUCAAUGGCUUUUGAUACUUUAGGCCAGUCUGAGCUGCUGAUGGACAGUGGCCUCUCAGAGCUUCCAGUCAUCAUGAUGUUGCUGCACGUCACUGCCAAUGCUGGUCAGAAAAUUGGUACAUUAAUUGACUUGGCAUCUGACACCAACUACAUAACCCACAAGGCUGCUGAAAGAUUGAGGCUAAUGAGUGAGACUAUUACCUUUGUCGUGCAUGGAGUUGGAGGGAUGACAAUGGAGGUGAAGACAAAAAGAUACCUCCCCAAAGUCUGAGUCAAGAUUCCGAAAAGUACUGAAAGAGCCCAUGUACUCAUCUGCCAUGGCUUAGAUGAAAUUGCCAAAGUACAUCAAGUCAUCGAACCUGAAAAACUGCAUAACUUCUUUCCAGAGGUUAAGCUCGAAGAGCUGAAAAGGCCAAAGGAGGUUGAGCUCCUCAUAAGCCACAGAGAGGGAAGACUGGCUCCCCAGAGAGUAAAAGUCAUUGGAGACCUCGUCCUAUGGGAAGGUCCACUAGGCAAGACAGUUGGAGGAGCUCACCCAGAUCUGGUGGAAGAUGUGGAGCUAGCAGCCUAUGAGUCCAGGACACACUUUGCCCGCUCCAUGAGAACAGCAGCAGUCAAAUACCAAGGACUCACAAGUCCAACAACUGAGACAGUCGGGCUGGAUGCAGCCCAGAAUAAAUUCACAGCUACCAGUCACUGUGAGUUCCUUAAGUGGUGGCACUGGGACAGCAUCGGAGCUGCAUGUGAGCCAAGAUGUGGAGGAUGCAGAAGUGGAAACUGUCCACCAGGAGGAAAGGAAAUUACUCUGGCUGAGGAGAGGGAAUAUGAGAUCAUUAAGGGAGGCCUCACCUACAAGGAGGAGGAUGCUCACACUCCAACUCCACACUAGGAUGCAAAGUAUCCUUAGGUUGAAGAUCCUGCCUCUAUCCCCAACAACAGAGGUGCUGUCCAGGCUUGCUUCUUAAGGAUGGAAAAGCAACUGAGCAGAGAACCAGACUGGAAAGCUGCCUAUGCAACCCAGAUCCAUGAAAUGGUCGAUCGAGGCACAGCCAUAAAACUCACCAAAGAAAUCAUGGACAAGUGGAAUCGCCCAGUAUGGUAUGUGAGCCAUCUGGUGGCACCAAACCCUCAUUCAGUCACAAUGCCAGUUCGCAUUGUAUGGAACAGCAGCCAGAAAUUCAAAGGCGUGAGCAUGAAUGAUGUUCUUCUGAAGGGACCUGAUGUUCUCAACCCCAUUAGAGCUGACCUGCUGAGAUUCAGAGAAGGUGUGCAUGCAGCUCUGGGAGACAUAAAAAAGAUGUACAACUCUGUCUGGCUGGAGAAGCGUGAGAUGCAUCUGCACAGAUUCCUCUGGAGA